AUGCUGAAAAGGCGGCGCGUCUUCUCGGUGGAGCCGCUCUGGAGCCGCGAUGGGGCCUGGAAGCCGUUAGAGAGCUCUGUGGUGCUAACUUCAGUCAGCAUGUACCGGAAUCUGCAGGACCCUCACUCUCCCAGGGAUUGCUCCCUCCAGAUGGAGCUGGAUGGCAAGAUAAGCAGCGAGAUGGACAGAUGGGGUGAGGCUGGGUCCCCGACGGAGCCCGUUCCCCACAAGGGUUUGCCCCACCAGCUGGGCUUCCUACCCACCGCCGGGAGGCUCUUGAAGUCUGAAUCGGAGGACUCCGGCGUGGAAAUGGCCAGCAGCGAUCACUCUCCCUCCACUCCUGUGGACUCCGAAAAGAGCUUUACCUUGGACUGUGUGGAUGGCUUCCAGCCUUCAGCGAAAGACUCUGCCACUGUGGUAUCCCAGGACAGCGGCCCCAAUGCGGAACAGCGAGCGGAACCAGAUCCCGGCCAAGAUCGACCCUAUCACCGCAACCUGUCCGUCAGCAAGAAACUAGCCCAGGUUGUCCAGCGGUCGCAGAAACACCGUUGGCCGGGUCGGUCGUCAAGACCGCUUAGCCAGAGGCCCCGCAGCCUCCUGGACCUGGAAGGGAUCAAGGCCUAUUGUGCACACCCACCUGCGAGUGUUGAUGGCGUUGUGGGCGCUGCUUGUGGAGAGUACCGCAGAACCACCUCUGGCUGCAGCACCCCUGUGGAACAGCACACAGAAGCCAAGGUGCAGGAUGAGCCUUCACUUCCCAUGCCUGGACAGGGUUUGCGGUACUUGGAGCACAUCUGCCAGAUGCUGGAGAAAAUCGCCCAGCUGCAGAGGGCAAACCAGCAGCUCCAGUAUCAGCAUGAAAUCAUGGAGUGCCGGCUGCGAGCCCAGAAAUCUGAGAAUGACUGCCUAUCUGAAAAAACUCCUGAACAGCCUAGGCUGGCAGGGGCAGAACCUCUACCUGGGAGUCAAGCAGCUACGGAAAUGGAGGAAAGUCCCAAUUCACCAAGCCCCUACUAUCCCCACCAAUUCCGGGCACGCUCUGCUUCUGACACGCGUGCGGUGCUGAGCCCAGUCCAUCACUUAGAGAGCAGGCCUGACAGCUCUGGGAAGGCUGCAGCCCACUUCUCCAGCUCGCCCAGCUUGAUAGAUCAACCAGAUGGAGGCCGCUGUACUUUACCACCAGGCAUGAAGCUCAAGAACGAACAUUCACACUGGGGCAAAGUCAAAGUACUGAUCAACAGGAUUAAAAGGAAGUCUGUGCGGGCCAAUGAGCAGACCCCGUUUGGCGAGGCUGCUCCCAGCAGCAGAUGGUCUAGAAUGGAUGACAUAUCGGACAAACAAGGACUUCACCCCAGGCGGCGUUUUCUGCCCGCCCUGGGGGCAAAGAAAUGUCAGUCAAAACCCUUUUCUGUGCGGUGA